CUCGCGUUUUUUCCUGUUGCUCGACGCAGCCAUGGCGGCCAUGAGUUUGCUGCGGCGGGUUUCGGUCGCUUCGGUGGCAGCUUUGUCGGGCCGCCGCCUUGUCGCUAGACUCGGAUUCGGGGGCUUCCUCACCCGUGGCUUUCCGAAGGCUGUCGCUCCUGUUCGACACAGUGGAGACCAUGGGAAAAGACUGUUUGUCAUCAAACCUUCUACAUACUACGACAAGCGUUUUUUGAGGUUAUUGAGAUUCUACAUUUUAUUGACUGGGAUUCCAGUAGCAAUUAUCAUAACUCUGGUGAAUGUAUUCAUUGGUCAAGCUGAAUUAGCAGAAAUUCCAGAAGGCUAUAUUCCAGAACAUUGGGAGUAUUACAGGCAUCCUAUAUCAAGAUGGAUCGCACGUACUUUCUAUGAUUGUCCUGAGAAGAAUUAUGAAAAAACAAUGGCUAUCCUUCAGAUUGAAGGUGAAAAGGCUGAAUUACGGUUAAAGGAAAUGGAAGUGCGAAAAUUAAUGCGUCAGAGAGGAGAUGGACCCUGGUAUCAAUAUCCAACCAUUGAUAAGGCACUUAUUGACCAUUCUCCAAAGGCGACUCCCGACAACUAAUCAUUUAUUUCUUCAAAUACAAAGUAUAUUCUCUGAUGGAAAAUAAAUAAAUAUAGUCUGUAUUUUUGCUCUCUGAUGAAUAAAAGAGCUUCUUCCAUUA